GGUUAAAGCUCCGUUCGAUCAAACUAUAUGGUAUGGAGGUCAAACCGAAAAUAUGACAUGGGAAGACGAUGGCUCCUCUCCAUCGGUGAAUGAUUUGGGCAAUUGUACGAUUGACUUGAUGUAUAACGAUAACACCGUCAAUUUCUGUAAAGUAAUAACGCUUGCCAUGAGCAUUGACGCUAAGAGCCUCUUAUUUGCUUGUCCUCUUCCCACGACCCUUGGACCUGAAUCAGAUCAAUA